CAGUCUACACCACUGAGACAGAUAGCAAAAAUUGUCAUUUCACAACCUGUCCUCCAAGGAGAUCUUCAACCUUGAUGCUUCAAGUUUUUCAAAGUGCCUCUGAGAUUAAGAAGUUGUAUUUUUCAUGUUUUAGAAUUCACAAAACUCAUCACUUAAGAAAGAGAAAUAGCAAUAAGGAGAGGAUGAAAUCAUUGAGAAAACAAUAAAUCAGUCAGAGCAUGUUUUCCCAAUGACGAGAAAAAGAAAUAACUGAAAAUCCACAAUCUUCGUUUAUGCUGUUAACAAGGCUGCUACAAUGUCAUCAUCAAAUUUACAUAAGCUCCAAAGACAUGAUAUAGGUGAUAUGGAAGAUAUGAUUAGUGAAUUACCCGAGGCUGUUCUUCUUCAUAUUCUUUCUUUACUCCCUACUAAAGAUGCUGUAAGAACUUCCAUAUUAGCUACAAAGUGGAAAUACUUGUGGACACAUUUAUCCAUCUUUGAUUUUCAAGUUUCUUGUAAUCCGGAUGUAUCAAAGCCAGAACAGGAGUCGGAAAAUUGCCUCAUAGAUUGGGUGGACAAACUACUUCACACAUCUAACCAUGUAGAAAGACUUUGCGUUCAAGUACAAAAAGCUGAUAUUGAUGGAGAUAAAGCUAAUUCUUUGUUAUCUUCAGCAUUGAUGCACAAACUCCUUGAUCUUAAACUUUCCCUAGACCAUACAUUUGCUAGGUUUGUGUUACCCAAUAAUUUCUCAGCAUCCCAAUCAUUGAAUAAGUUGUGUUUAGAAUUUGGUUUCAUUCUAUAUAUACCUGAUGGUAUACGUUUCCCUAACUUGAAGACGUUAUAUCUUUCACAUCUUUCCUUCGCAAAUGAGAAGUCGGCUCAACGGCUUUUGUCUGGGUGCCCUGUCCUACAAGAGUUGACCUUGUAUAAAUUUUUUUGGUUGAACAUAGAACAGAUCAAUGUUGCAAUUUCCACACUAAGGAAGUUGACCAUCGAGUUAAAUCAUUUUGAUCCAAGUGAUUUGCGUAUUCGCAGUUUUACAAUCAAAUUUGAUGUUGCGAAUCUUUUAUCUUUAAGCUACACAGCCCAUCCAAUUAUAAAAUUUGUCCUUGUUAACCCUACCUCCAUAGUUGAUGCAUGUAUUGAUCUUAGGUGUUAUGAUCUCCAAAAUCAACAGCAAAAUACUACGCAAUUUGCAAUUGAGCUAUUGAGUCGACUUGGUAGUGUCAAAUCUCUCACAAUAUCCAAUGAUACUCUUCAGUGUCUUAACUAUGCAAAAGACACUCUUCAUCUUUUGCCUCCGUUCUUCAAUUUGACGCAUCUUGAUGUGCCCUUGGGGUAUUUUUACCCCACCAGUGAAGUAUUAGCAGGCAUUUUCCACAAGACUCCUAAUCUGGAAGUUCUUCACAUUUCUAAGGGAUUUUUCUUAUUCUUGGAUGAAGGAUGGCCAUCAAAUUCAUUUCCUUGGUGUUUCACAUCUUCUCUCAAAGUAUGUUCUAUUUCAGAUUUUCUUGGAAUUGAACCUGAUAUCGAAGCUGUAAAGUUUUUGUUAGAAAAUGCCACAGUCUUAGGGGAGAUCAACAUAUCCUGUUCGGAGUUAUUAUCAAAAAAUUUGGAGAAGCUUGCUGAUGUCAGGAACCAAUUGCAACAUUUAUGCCAGGGGCGAUGUGUCAUUAAGUUUCGAUGAAAAUCUUUGUGAAAAUAUUGACAGAAAAGCAAUUGGAGAACGAUCGUACGCUUGCGGAUUACAACAUUCAAACAGAAUCUACACUUCAUUUGGUGCUGAUGGAGAGAGUUCAGAUACAAUAGGUUAUGUGAAUUCAAUAUUCAGGAGAAAGUGGGUAUUCCACUAAGUUUAUAGUUGCUAGAAAGCAGCUUCAAGAUGGUUAUACUCAUUAUAAUAUGGUUUUGCUGGUUCGUGGUGGUAAUGAAAAUAUAUGCGAAGACUCUUACUAGGAGAACUAUUACAUUGAAGGUGGAAAGUAAGGAUUCAAUUGAUGUAUAUGAAUUAUAAACCUGUUCCUAUCAGUCUUGCUGCAUAUAGAAGGCUAGUUUUGACUCUUACUUUAGAAAUUGCAUACCUGUUUCUUUUUUUAAUUUGAUUUUGUUGUUCUGUGCUAUUGUUAAAUAUUCUUUUAGUUAUUUUUGAACUUCUACUGAAUUGAGGUGUUGCAAGCUGAUGUAAGUUAAGUACAGAUUUGCAAGCUUUAUCUUCAAUAAGUCGUUAGUAGUUAUGUUUGACGAUUCUGUCACACACAUCUUCUAUUGAGUCCAACGACUUUUGGGAA